AAAAUUUUUGAGUUAAAGAAAAGGCAGUCCGUGCAAGAAAAAUAUUGCGUUCACCCAAGGUUCUUGAAAGUGGAAGCUAGAAGCAGGCAAACCUCAAAGGAAACAGAGAGGAAAUAGCUAUAUAUACCUUGCAAGUUAAUUUGAUCGAGAUGGUUUUCAACAUGGCUAAUGAGGAGGUAAAAGAGAGAGUGAAGGCGUUGGUCAUAACGGCAGUUUGGAUAAUAUGCUGGGGAUUAUUCACUAUAAGUGAUGUAGGGAAUGCAGAAAGGCUUCUGAAAACCGAAGAGCCAACUUACGUUGUAGAGAAAGAGAUGAGACAAGGUUUUGCAUUACGGCUUCUGCAUUUCCUAUGGAAUGGCAAGUCCACUUAUGAGCACGUCUGGCCGGAGAUGAAGUUUGGAUGGAAAAUAAUAGUAGGAUCGAUAGUCGGGUUUUUUGGUGCAGCCUUGGGAAGCGUUGGUGGGGUUGGAGGCGGCGGAAUCUUUGUUCCAAUGCUAACCCUUAUUAUUGGCUUCGACCCAAAGUCAUCUACUGCUAUUUCCAAAUGUAUGAUAAUGGGAGCAGCUGGAUCAACAGUGUACUACAACAUGAGGCUGAGGCACCCAUCUCUAGACAUGCCCAUAAUAGACUAUGAUUUGGCCUUGCUCUUACAACCUAUGCUUAUGCUUGGUAUUAGCAUUGGGGUCGCUUUCAAUGUCAUCUUUGCUGAUUGGAUGGUUACUGUGCUUCUUAUCAUUCUCUUUGUUGGUACCUCGUCAAAGGCAUUGUUCAAGGGAAUUGAGACAUGGAAGAAGGAAACAUUAAUGAAAAAGGAAGCAGCCAAGCAGUUGGAGUCAGAGUUCAAGCCAAGUGAGUCCGAAGGAGAAUACAGGCCACUUCCCACUGGUCCAUUAGCUAAUGUAGAUGACACUGUUCCCAUGCUUCGCAAUGUUUACUGGAAAGAACUGGGACUUCUAAUGUUUGUGUGGGUAGCUUUCCUUGCAAUUCAAAUUGUGAAGACCUACACCGUAACAUGCUCCAUCGAGUACUGGAUUUUAAACUUCUUGCAGAUACCUGUUGCUGUUUCGGUAUCACUUUAUGAAGCAGUAUGUCUGUACAAGGGUACAAGGGUCAUUGCAUCAAAAGGAAAGGAAAUAACGAGUUGGAAACCCCAUCUACUCUUCUUUUACUGUUGUUGUGGCAUAGUUGCUGGUAUUGUUGGGGGUUUGCUUGGUCUAGGAGGUGGCUUUAUCCUAGGACCUCUUUUCCUAGAACUCGGAAUUCCUCCUCAGGUAGCAAGUGCAACAUCAACCUUUUCAAUGACGUUCUCAUCCUCCAUGUCAGUUGUGCAAUAUUACCUUUUGAAGCGUUUCCCUGUCCCAUACGCUGCUUAUUUCGUUUCUGUGGCAACAAUUGCUGCACUUGUUGGUCAACACGUUGUUAGAAGAGUAAUUGCUCUACUUGGAAGGGCCUCUAUUAUCAUUUUCAUACUGGCUAUGACAAUAUUUGUCAGUGCAAUCAGCUUAGGAGGUGUGGGGAUAGCAAAUAUGAUUGAGAAGCUGGAGAACAAAGAUUAUAUGGGAUUUGACAACCUCUGUUACCAAUCCUAGACUUGCUUUGGUCUCGAGGGUUUUAUGACUUCAUCAUCUACAAUAUGUAAUAAGUUACAUUUCAAUUAUUUUGCCUAUUUGUUUUCAAGGAGAAAUCAUAAUUUGGAUCCAUCCCUGUUUUAUUCAUGUCCACGUUUCUUGUACUUCGAGUGUUUUGAUACAUCCACAAUAGACUAGAAACAAUGUUUCCUUU